AUGCAUUUACUGGACAAUGUAUUGAGGAAACUGAGGGAAAAGAUAGAUUUCAAGUUGCUGAUAAUGGGAGAUGAGCACUUUCGCAUGGAAGGUAUCGAUGUAGAAGCGAUUGCAUGGAAAGAGGAAUAUGAAGUAUCAACUAUCCGGAAGUUUGAUAUUGGUCUUUAUCCGCUUCCCGAUAAUGAUUGGGUUCAUGGCAAAGGCGGCGGAAAAGCGCUUCAAUACAUGGCCGCAGGCGUUCCCGUGGUGGCCACUGCAAUCGCCACAAAUCUUACGAUCAUCGAGGACCAGGUAUCAGGGUUUCUCGUCUUAACAGAACAAGAAUGGGUUGACACGCUUUAUCGUCUUAUGACGGACCAGCAACUACGGGAACGGGUUGGAAAAAGCGGCCGCGAGCGUGUUGAAAAACAUUAUUCCGUUCAUGCCAACGCACAUGUGUAUCUUGACGUACUUAAUGAAACAAUCGGAAAUUAA